AUGGCUCGCCGUCCUGCCCGUUGCUACCGAUACUGCAAGAACAAGCCGUAUCCCAAGUCGCGUUUCAACCGUGGUGUCCCCGACCCCAAGAUUCGCAUCUUCGAUCUCGGUCGCAAGCGUGCCAAUGUCGACGACUUCCCUCUCUGCAUCCACCUCGUUUCCAACGAGUAUGAGCAGCUGAGCUCCGAGGCUCUCGAGGCCGCCCGUAUCUGCGCCAACAAGUACCUCGUCAAGAACACCGGAAAGGAAGGUUUCCACCUCCGUGUCCGCGCUCACCCCUUCCACGUCGUCCGUAUCAACAAGAUGUUGUCCUGCGCCGGUGCCGAUAGACUGCAGACUGGUAUGCGUGGUGCCUGGGGCAAGCCCAACGGCACUGUCGCCCGUGUCAACAUUGGUCAGAUCAUCAUGAGCGUCCGCACUCGUGACUCUAACCGUGCUCUCGCUCUUGAGGCUCUCCGCCGCUCCCAGUACAAGUUCCCCGGUCGCCAAAAGAUUAUCGUCUCCAAGAACUGGGGCUUCACCCCUCUCCGCCGCGAGGAGUACCUCGACCGCAAGGCUUCCGGCCGUGUUCUCGUGGAUGGUGCCUACGUUCAGUUCUUGAGCAACCACGGCAACCUCCAGCAGAACGUUCGCCGCUUCCCCGGCGCCUUCACCUCCGAGGCUUAG